UUAAACUCCACCUUUGGCUGAAAACAACUUUGCUUAAAAUUUUUUUUUGCAUUCAACUUCGAAAGUAAUCACAAUCUGGUCAUCAAUCAGUUUGUAUUUUCUUGUACAUUCAAUAGCUUCAAGUUGUUUCUCAUAUGUUCCUGUUAUUUAAUUUAAUUUAAUCAUGGUUCAAUCUGCUGAUGAAACUGCGCUAUCAAUCCUCAAAAGGAUCCAGGAAAGUGUCUCUUGUGCUAUUUGUCACAAUCUCAUGACUAAGCCGAUGAGAAAUCCGUGUGGACACCGAUUUUGUUAUUAUUGUAUUGUCAAUGCACUGGACCCGGCAGAAGACAUCUGUAACUGUCCCAAAUGUAAUGCUGCUGUCAACCGUAAUCGUCUUGUUCAAGAUGUGUGUUUUGGUAAAGUAGUUAACAAAGCCAGUCAACUAAUUGAUUCUAUUAAAGGAAGUGAUUUGUCCGACAAACCAAAUGGCAAUAAAGAUACUUCUCCUCUUGGUAAACGGCGGUUGCCACAAGAAAGGCACGAGGAUAUUGAUCUUGACAAGUCAAUUGAAGAAGCAGAAGCUGAGGCACGAGAGAUGGCUAGAGAUGUAGUCAAUAAAGGAGCUAAACGGCCCAUUGAAACUCUAAAUGAUCCUAUUGAAACUGUUAAAAGGCCUUUCGUUUUGCCCAAAACAUCAACUCCAUCUGGCUCUGGUAAAGAGAGAGAACUUAGCCCGUUCCCUGUUUCAUUUUUGAAUAAAUUCACAUUACAACCAGAUAAAAGGCCAUCUGAUAAACAAGCUUCACCCUCACCAAAGAGACCUAGAGAACCAUUAAAUCGUAAGCUCAGUUUUGAAGGCGAAGACAGACGGGAAGGAUUGAUGAGUGAUUCAUCUGACUCUGAGGAUCGCCGAAUUAGAUCUUGCGCUACUUAUAGCAGAUUUGAUCGAGUUAGACAGUCAUUAAAGAAAAAUAAUGGAGCUCAAACUGAACUCAUGGUAAAUGAUAAAAGAAAUCAAUCUCAGCAAACUGAUGGGACAAACAAUAGUGAUCUUUAUUCCACUCUAUCUAAUCUAUUCAAUUGUCUCUGCACUCAACAUGGUAUCCAAGGAUCUAUUUCCAUUGAAGGUAUUGGACGUUUUGAAAUUAAUUUGAGUAAACCUACCGAUAACGACCUCAAGAAUGGCCAUCAGCCCGAUCAAUCUCAUGUGGCUAUUAUGGUGGAAAAGUUGAUUCAAACUGACUCUGAACCAAUCAAGGAGAAACCCAUUUUCAAAGAAAAUGGAAUAAAUACGAUAAAUGUAGUGAUGCAAGAAAAUGGUAUUCAAACGGAUAUUAUCUGUGAUAAUAAUGAACAACCAGCUUCUCGCAAAGAUCAGAGUCUUGAAAAUGCUGAUACAAUAGGACCCGAUGAAGAUGAGCCAAAUGUCAAUGGAGUAUCAAAAGAACAUCAUGAUGGAUUAGGUGACAUUGAAGUUUCUCAUGAAGUUGCUAGUAUCAGCCAAAUCGUUAAAGAAUUUUCAGAAGACCCGAUUCAAUCACAAGAAGAGGGCGAUUUCACUCGUUAUGAUCAUAUUAAAGCUUCAACACGCAUCUCUCAGCUAGAAAAAGUAGCUGAAAGUGAUGGUGAAGCAACAGAAGUUAUAUCAAAAAUUCAAUCUUCCUAUUCUAAAGAUCAGAAUGAUGAUGAAGAUGAACCUUCCAAGGAAGAUGGUGAUGAUUCCAAUAUUGUUUUAGAAUCUGAUGAAGAUGAUAAAUUUCUUAUGAGCUGUGUUUUCGAUACUUUGGCUGAAGAUGAUGAAUUGGAAGAUGCACGAUCUAUGUCUCCAAAUUCAUCCCAAAUUAAACCAAAUGAUAAAAGCAGCUUAUAUAACAAAGCUUUGAAUAAAGAUAAUACCGAUGAUGGAAGUGAAUCCAGAAUCGAAGUCAUCAACGAUACACUCGAAUAUUAGCUAACUUUAAUCUAAUACUUUAUUUUUCUUGCCUUGUAAUUUGCCUUAUACACAGAUAUCGUUAAUCUUGUUCUCCCCAUAUUAAUCUACUACCAUUGUAUAACUCAAUCAAUUUAACAUAAUACAUUUUAACCUUUCAUCAAAUCAUAAUGGAAUCAAGUUUGUGUUUCUGACGAUUAAAUUUGAUAAAUAAUUUA